GCCAGUCAUCGAGCGGCGGUCUUGUAACAUGCUACUGUGGAGUUUACUCAAAUAAACCAACUCAUGAUAUGACAUGCGCGCUUAAUUAUCCUUUAGUUUUUAACUAAAAACCAACGAACUAUUUGGAUUUCAGUGCAUGAACAAAGUGGCAGUGUAGUGUUCAUAAUAUUACGGCGAGAAAUAUAUUUUUUCCGCGUUUGCUUAAAAUCGUUUGGUGCAGUGUUUAUGUUGGGAGCGCAGCGACCGUUCCGUUCGGCGUGCCUGCUGGAGGGACGUCGCCCUCGAGGACUCCUCAUAGAGAUGCGGUGGCGGACGGUGGCGCGAGUAGCGCGGGCGGCGAGGUGAGACAGCCAUGGAUCACUCGGUGAAGGCAAUGUCGGCGCGCGGGCCGCUGGCGCGGCUGGUGGCGCGGCGCCGCUUCGAGUCCGCGGAGCUGGAAGAGCUAUACGCACGCUACGCCUGCAAGCUGCAGCGCACCUCUGUCGGCUCCGCGCUCGCACUCUGGGCUGCGCUCGCGGCGGCGCUCGCUGCUGUCGACGCGCUGCGCGGGUGGCGGAGAGCGCCGCAGGUGGGCGUGCUGAGCGCUCACGCGGUGCUGUGCGGCGGGCUGGCAUGGUGGUGCGGGCGUGCGGGCGGCGCGGCACCGGAGCGGCGGCUGCCGCGCGCCUGCUGGCUGGCGCUGGGCGGCGGCGGCGCGGCGCUGGCCGCCACGCUGCCCGCCUGGGGGCCCGGCGCCGCCUCCGAGGGCGCCGUGCAUGUCGUGUGGGCCGUCUUCGCGGCGUACGCGCUGCUGCCCGUCGGCGCGCCCGUCGCCGCCGCCUUCGGAAUACUCUUGCCGACGGCUCACACCAUCGCAGCUGCUCUCGUCGCUCAUCGCUUCCCCUAUCACGUCUGGCAGCAGAUGGUAGGCAACGUAGUGGUCUUCGUGUGCGUGAACGUGGUGGGGGCGCUGAUGCACUCGCUGAUGGAGACGGCCCAGCGGCGCGCCUUCCUCGACACCCGCAACUGUAUCGCAGCGAGGCUCGACAUGGAAGAUGAAAACGAGAAACUGGAACGAUUGCUGCUGUCGGUGCUGCCACAACACGUUGCCAUGGAGAUGAAGAAUGACAUCAUCUCCCCCGUGGAGGGCCAGUUCCACAAGAUAUACAUCCAGAAACACGAACAAGUCAGCAUUCUGUUCGCCGACAUCGUGGGCUUCACGGUGCUCGCGUCGCAGUGCAGCGCGCAGGAGUUGGUGCGGCUACUCAACGAACUGUUCGGACGAUUUGACCAACUUGCCAAUGACAACCACUGCCUCCGCAUCAAGAUCCUGGGUGACUGCUACUACUGCGUGUCCGGGCUGCCCGAGCCGCGCUCCGACCACGCGCGCUGCACCGUCGAGAUGGGCCUCGACAUGAUCGACGCCAUUGCGUCGGUGGUGGAGGCGACAGACGUACAACUGAACAUGCGCGUGGGCAUCCACACGGGGCGCGUGUUGUGCGGCGUGCUGGGCCUGCGCAAGUGGCAGUACGACGUGUGGUCCAAUGACGUCACACUCGCCAACAACAUGGAGGCGGGUGGAGAACCAGGGCGGGUCCACAUAACACAAGCAACAUUGGACAGUCUCGGUGGAGCAUACGAAGUGGAGCCAGGUCACGGUGCUAGUCGCAACGCGUAUCUGAGGGACCACUCCGUUCAAACAUACUUCAUCAUCCCACCGCCUAGGCGGAGAAAAAUGUGCCUAUCGACAGGCGUGGGUCUAGGGUCAGGGUCGCGACGGAAGCUCUCCUUCAAGAACGUGUCCAACGUGGUGGUACAGCUUCUCCACUCCAUCAAGUUCAACGUGGACGUGCCCUUCUCCAACAUGGCCGCUUCCCCACAGGAACUCAAGGCCAAUGCCGCGAGGAAGGUGCUGGACCUGCGGCGCGCGCUGCACGCGGAGCCCGGGUCGGCGGAGGCGCUGCGGCUGGCGGCGCUGCGCGCGGAGGAUGUGAGCGCCGGCCCGCCGCCCCUGUCCCCGCCCGCGCCCGCGCACCACACAUUCGACGCCGUCAUGCAGCACCACGCCCUGCGCACGCUCCCCACGAAUAAGGUAACGGAGAAGUUCAAGCGUCCGUUGAAAAAGCGUCAUUCGUCUGUGUACCACCAGCCCACGAACCGCGUCAACAAGUUCCUGGCGCAGGCCAUCGACGCGCGCUCCGUGCACCGGGAGAAAGCGAUGCACGUGCACCUUCUUACUCUCUGCUUUAAAGACUCCGCUAAAGAGGCACAGUACCGGGCAUCAACAGACGGUGGCUGGGCUGGGUCGCUAGGCGCCGCUUUAGGCGCUCUAGCCGCCGCUGGGGCCCUCCAAGCAGCCAUACUACCACGCACUACGAUCCUCCUACUUCUCUUCGUAACCGCCUUCGCGUGGUCUGCCGCGGUCCUAGCUCUGACGCUAGCAGCGCGACUAAGACUCAUCCCGUGUGAUGUGUCCAGACCUUUCGCUCUUAGAAACGCUAUCACUACUUUCACUAUUGUCCUAGGAUACGCUGUUGGACAAGUUAAUGUGGUAACAUGCCGAGAAGUAGACGUGUGUAGGAACCUAACGGGAAAUAACCUGACCAUGGACGAUAUUAGGAUGGCUAGUGGCGAUGUAGCAGCUGCUUUAUGGAGUAGUGGCGACCAUCGUGCGUGUCCAGUGCCUCUAUAUAUCACGUUGGGAUGUUGCCUUAGUAUGUUGGCUGUGGCCGUGUUCCUCCGACUGCCAAUCUUGGUGAAGGGCAUCCUCCUAGCUGUCAUGACUGCAGGGUACAUGGCUGUCAUCAUGGCUUACCACAAGGACCUGUUCGACUGCUACGAUCUUAUGACAGAGUCGGGCGGUGUCGGGUCGGCGUACGUGGCGUGCGCGUGGACGCUGGCGCUGGCGCUGGCGGUGCUUCUGCACGCGCGGCAGACGGAGUGGACGGCGCGCCUUGACUUCCUGUGGCAGGCGCAGGCGCGCGAUGAGAAGAGAGACAUGGACGCGCUGCAGGCAUCAAAUAGAAGGAUCCUCUUCAACUUGCUACCAGCUCACGUGGCCACACACUUCCUCGACAACCAGUUUAGAACUAACAUGGACCUGUACCACCAGUCGUACCAGCGCGUAGGCGUCGUCUUCGCCUCCAUCACCAACUACCACGAGUUCUACAUGGAACUCGACGGCAACAAUCAGGGCAUGGAGUGUCUGAGGCUGCUCAAUGAGAUUAUCGCAGAUUUUGAUGAGCUAUUAGGCGAAGACCGUUUCAGCGCUAUAGACAAGAUCAAAACAGUAGGGUCUACAUACAUGGCUGCCGUGGGUCUGAUUCCUGAUAAGAAAAUGUCGGAUGAGGCGAGUGCCAAGAAACACAUGGCCACACUAGUUGAGUUUGUGUUCGCCAUGCGCGAUAAACUGAAGGACAUUAACGACAAUUCUUAUAACAACUUCAUGUUGAGAGUCGGUAUAAACGUAGGUCCAGUAGUGGCUGGAGUAAUAGGCGCAAGGAAGCCACAGUACGACAUAUGGGGUAACACAGUCAACGUUGCGUCUCGGAUGGAUUCUACAGGAUUGCCUAACCACACGCAAGUAACCGAAGAAGUAUUUCAAGUCCUUAAAGACAUGCCGUACCAGUUCGUGUGUAGGGGAAAAGUUAAAGUUAAGGGGAAAGGCGAAAUGACCACGUACUUUUUAACCGAUAGAGCGCCAGCAAAUGGGAGUACCCAGAAUCUAUCAAAUGGUCCAACGCCAACUCCUCCGACCGCAUAUGGCGGCGUAGCGACUCCACUGGCAAUGUUACAGAAUUCAGCAAGAAGAGCUGCUGCUCAACCCUCCAGAUUGCCCCCACUAAGAGAAACAUCAGUCGCUGCAGAAAAUGAACCUCUACUGCCUUCUAAUGGGCACCAAACUAAUGGGAAUAAUCACAAAGGUAGCAAAGGUCGAAGAAAUAAAGAUUCUGAAGAAACGCCACCGCCACCUCCACCGCACGGCGUAUCUGGAAACCCGAGGUGGCCGCCACCUCGCGCGCUAGUUCCUCCAUGGCCGCGACCGCAGGAGCCCCGGCCUCCUGCGGCGCACAAGAGACGACCUCCAGCGAGAUUACCGAGACCACGAUCAAGCGAAAGCUUGCCUUUAGCAAGAAGUCCUCGGGUCCAUUCCUCUGCCGACGAACUUAGUUCAUUAACCCGGUCACCUAGCUUGAGCUCUUCAGACGAGAGCUACUCACGAACUACGGACGCCUCUCCCUCCCCGCCGCGACCGCAAGCCUGGCCGAACAGGCCGCAGCGUAUUGACCCGAGUCCUUACGACUACCCUCCGAUUAGAGCUAACAAACCCAGUCUCUCUAACAACAUCAACGAUAUUUAUGCGAAACACAUGCUGAACAAGAAACCCUUUUUGGGUGACAAACUUAUAGGUGGCUUCCAUAAGGAGGAUGACAAACUGCAGAAGAGUAUAAUCAACAUGCUACAAGCGUCAGCAAAGCGGGACAGCUGCAGUCAGACCGACAAAAAGGAGAUGUCAAGUCGAUUUGGACAAAGAACAAACUCAUUUUCUAGUUCAGGAAGCCGACCGAACAACUUGAAGCAUUUAAACCACGACGCUAGUGAAGUGUUCACUAAGCGAAGUCCCACAGAUGUCGCAUGCGUACCGCCCUUCGAGAGAGAGAUUCAAAGACUACUCGAUGAUAAAAACCUUAUAAAGAGUAACCCUCCUAUUAUGGAACGGAAGGAAUUGAAACUUGAACUCAGGGGACAAAAUCCGGCGCUAGAACCAGUAAGGAACUGCAACAAUAACAGCAGCCCGCUGCACGCGGUGGGCUUGGCCGCCAUCACGCAGCUGGCGCGCGCCGAGCUGCCGUCGCCCGCGCGGCCCGAUGCGCAUGCGCCGUCGCCGCUUCGGCCUGUAGCGCCCAACGAGUUCCCCGGUGUCUUGCCUACUGAUGUGGUGGUUGAACUACCCUCUCCAACACACUCGCGAGACCCACAUUCAAGUCCCCAAUGCGGUCGAAAAUCAGACGGGUCAGCCGAGAAAGAAAAAGAUGACAAAGAUAUUCAGGAUAUUCAAGAACGACUGCAUCACCGGGUGACCACUUCGAAUCAUAGAGAAAUGGGUCUCUACGGGGAAAGCCAGUCGGAAUGGAGUUCAUCGUGUUCGGAGGGCGAGGGCGAUGGGGAUGGUGCGCACCCGGAGAGCACCGGCUACACUACGGACGACCCCGCGCUCGAGAAUGUGUCUAUGCUCAACGAGGCGGGGCUCACUGACGCUGAGGCCGCCCUCAGCGACGUCAACUCUUGCUACUUCGACCGCGACGACGAUGUGUCCUCGCGCGCCUCCUCCCGCCUGCUUGACUCCGAGGCGCUUGUGUCGCUCGAAUCCCUUAGCGCCAUCUACGACUCUGACGAGCCCGCGCACAGGUACCUGGCCAACAUUCGCACCGUCAGCGAAUCCAUCACGCGAAACUUCGGACAACCCGCUCACGUCACCGACGGCGAGAGCGAUGUGUAGUGAUACAAAUGUGAUAUGACACGAGUUGUGAUUAAUGCCGCGUUCGAAUUGAUCGUAGUGUUGUACCCUUUUUGAGCAUUGUCUCGUGUACUUUCUUCUAAGAAUAGAAAACAUUGUGAUUGAAGAAGAAAUCUCAUUUACGAUUGUCAUGACAGUGAUCCCAAAGAAAAAGCUCGGCAGCGGAAGACGCGCUCUCUAGUUGGGAAGAAUACUCAAAAUAAUUUGUUAGCCGUUUGGCUCGUUCUAAUUCGUCAUUCAAGUCAUUAAGUAUGUUCAGGUGUAUUUUUGAAUCAUUCGUAUGAUAUAGGUAACGUGCCUGUUUUUCGAACUGACUUGUACUUGGUGUGUAAAUUUUGUCAAUAUGUAUCUACGACGUUAUACUGUAUGAUAUUUAUGUACAGCCGAAAGUGCCAUGUGAUGGCUUCACGCAUCAUAUAGGAGUAUUCGAUGAUCUCUACAAUUAUAAGGUGCUCUGAAUUAUUAGUAAUAUGUAUGGUUCGUCUUGUGAUAAGUGGUAUAGGAAUUCGAAUUCGAGCGACCAAUUUGUAAAAGUUUAAGUAAGGGCUGGCCCCUCCGCUGUAAAAUGUAGAUCUUCUCACGAAACUCGCAAUAUUUCAAGUUUGGAUUUGGUUAUGAGAGAUCAUGUAGUUAAGUAAAUUGUGCAUUUUAAUUAAUCUGUAAUGUUUAUAUCGUUACCAUAGUCGGUGAACUCUUACAAGUUACAACGUGUACUGUGUUAUUGACGACUUAACUUUUUUUGUUUUGUUUCAUAAUCCAUAUCCGUAAUAUUUUCAACAAUGUCAUAAAGCAUAAUAAAGGAAUAUAAUUUAAACUGUUUAGUGGUAUUUACAUUUCAUUCUAUAUUUUUCAGUAGUUUCUUUAUGUAAACGAUUGUAAUGCUUAUAUUUAUCUAGUCAUUCGUGUUUAUCUCGCGAAAUGCUUAAUAUUUAGUUCAAACAGACGAAGUGCAAUACUUGUUAAUCGUUACAUUCUUCACGACCCCUUUCUUUGACAUAUUUAGUUAUCCUGGUAACACGGAGUAGUUCUUAGGUAAACAACAGUGAAACAAAAAAGUACAACAAUUAGGACAUAAACACCACUGUAUUAGCGAAUAUUUGUUGUAGAAUAUUCUUCAUAUUUAGCAUUCAAUUAUUGUUUAACUGUAAUUAUAAGUUUGUGUCAAUUUCAGAUAAUGACUGUUAAAAUAAGUGUGCGGUAAGUAUAUAAUCUUACGUGGGGGCAAAUUGGGGCAAAAAAAAUAGCCCGUUUGAACAAUAUUUAUCCAACAUUGCAGCGUUACUUUGGCUAAGCGUGUACUUAAGUAUGGUAAGAAGCGGCGGCGGGGUGACUCACUCCACUCGAUUGCUGGUCUUAUAACAUUCAUAUUUAUUGUCAUGUUUACUUAUUUUUGUACUGUUGCUUGUAUCAAGCGCUGCGCUUCGGCAAGGUACUGUACGAAUGGGUCAAUGGGAUAUCGCUCAAGUUUAGACUACUUAUAUCGGUUUGAUUAGUCGCGACUUAGUUAUAUUGUCAGUGCAUUGAUCUACGACAUAGUGCUAGUAACGCAGAAUAGCCGCGCUCUGUGCAUCAAGCUUGCUCUAGCUGCGCACCGAUCCAAUAACAUAAAUGAUGAUGAUGGUUUUGUUUUGUCAAGUAGAUGUGAAGAUGUGACAGCAUCGAGAGAUGUCGAGCGAUGUCGCUCUCGUCGUAUUGUAAAUAUCAGAGCGGACGCUCCAGUGAGAUGUAGAGUUGUUAAUCUGUAAAUAUUGUUAAUCUGUCAAGUGCUAUUCCACUUUAAACACAAGUAAACUCUUGUUAAGAGAUGAUAAUCAUUAUUUUUUUAAAGAAUCCUCUUGUUUGCUAUUUAUACUGACAGUAUUUCGAUCGAACGUUUUUCUUAAUGUAUUUACAUAUAGUGCCAAACUACGUAUGUGCUUAAAUCGACAUUUUGCUUGAAAUAGGUAUUUUGUUUUAAAAUUUUCAUGACAUUAUUUUAUUAAAAAGUGAUAACGUGUUUCAGAAUUGAAAAAUAGAUCUGAUGUCUUAGGGUAAACUUUGUAGACAGGUAGGUAAAACUUUAAAAUUAUCAAUUUUCAUAAUAAUGUGAAAGAAAAUUAUUUAUUCUGGUAAAUAUGACUCAUUGUAUGAAACGAUCACUAAUUAUAUUAAUGGUUAAAAUGUAUGUAGCAUACAUAACGUUGUAGUUGGAAGUAUUUGUUUUCCUGUUUUCCUAUUCACAUUAGUAGGUAAUUGCUGCCCACAGUUAUUGUACUCGUAUGGACUGCUUGUUUUGACUAAGAAUUUAAAUGAUAAAAAACUAUUUAUAGCAUACCUACCGUUCAUAGCAUCAUCUUCAAUAUACGGAGACAACAAAAUUAGGUUAAUGUGAAUAGGUCGCAGAUAAACUACUGACAAAUAUUAUAUUGUACCGAUCUAUUUUUUGUUAUAUUUUGUAGUUGGAACUGCGCCUUAGGUAGUAUGUGUAUUGUGUAUUUCUAUUUAUUUCAAUUCGAUUAAGCAAUAUUAAUUACAAUUAAAGUGGUUUACAUGACA